CCCUUGCACCAAUCUUUGCGCAGACCGGUUCCAAUAAUAUGUAUCAAACACAAGUGUAGCUUCGAUGUCAAUAAUAGCCUUUAUAAAACAAGGAAAUAAUACAGUACACAUACCAUUGUUAAUUCAAAAAUAAAUAUUUCUAAAUUUAGCGUGUGAUAAAAAUGAUGGUGGGACAAUAAUGUGUUAGUGUGCUUCUCAGGACACGUUGGGGAGUGGGGCUGCCGUGCGGGCUUUGUGGAGACUGCGAGAGGGUGAAGGUUGUGCAGAUGACUGGCGAUGAUGGUGAACGAUUGAGAUCGAGUGAAAUCUGGACCAUCGCCCGGCAUCCAUGGCCCAGGUGGCUGCCACACCACUCAGUGACAUGUAGACUGGAUCCCAUGACCUAGUGACGCGAGAUCAGCCGCAAAAAUAGGCAACUGGUGCGGAAACGAGACAGGGCCGCGGGACGUCCGCGCCUGCCUGCGGCUAGGAGCUUUAUUCCAAGAGUGUACUAAUGUCAUGGGUUGUUUUGGUAGCGCUGGGGCGAAAGGUGACGCCGAGGAAAACAAAAGGCGGAAAGAAGCAAACAAGAAGAUAAACAGGCAAAUUCAGCAAGACAAACAAGUGUACCGGGCGACGCACAGAUUGUUAUUACUAGGCGCUGGUGAAUCAGGGAAGAGCACCAUAGUAAAACAGAUGAGAAUUCUACAUGUCGAUGGAUUCAGUGAAGAAGAAAAACGAGAGAAGAUACAAGCCAUCAGAUGCAACAUCCGCGAUGCCAUCUUGACCAUCACCGGUAAUAUGUCCACCUUGACGCCCCCAAUAGCGCUAGAGAACCCCGCCCACCAGUUCCGCGUCGAUUACAUCCAAGACGUGGCCUCCCAGAAGACUUUCGACUACCCUGAGGAGUUCUAUGACCACACCCAGAUUCUGUGGCAGGACAGGGGAAUACAGGCCUGCUAUGACCGUGCUAACGAGUAUCAGCUCAUUGACUGCGCUAAGUAUUUCCUUGACCAAGUCCACAUUGUUCGCCGACCAGACUACACUCCCACGGAACAGGACAUUCUACGCUGUCGAGUCCUCACUCUAGGAAUUUUUGAGACCAGAUUUCAAGUAGACAAAGUUAAUUUCCAUAUGUUUGAUGUUGGUGGACAACGUGAUGAACGGAGGAAAUGGAUUCAAUGCUUCAAUGACGUCACAGCCAUUAUAUUUGUCACGGCCUGCUCCUCUUACAACAUGGUUCUGCGAGAAGACCCCAGCCAAAAUCGACUAAGGGAAUCUUUAGACCUCUUCAGAAGUAUAUGGAAUAACAGGUGGCUACGCACAAUUAGUGUCAUCUUAUUUCUAAAUAAGCAAGAUCUACUAGCUGAGAAGAUAAUAGCAGGCAAGAGUAAGCUGGAAGAUUACUUCCCUGAUUUUGCCCGGUACCAGACCCCUCCAGAUGCUGCAGUGGAGCCUGGAGAAGAUCCAGAAGUAGUGCGCGCAAAGUAUUUCAUCAGGGAUGAGUUUCUAAGGAUAAGUACUGCAAGUGGUGACGGAAAGCAUUACUGCUAUCCUCACUUCACAUGUGCCGUGGACACUGAAAACAUCCGUCGAGUGUUCAAUGACUGCAGGGACAUAAUACAAAGGAUGCACCUCAGACAAUAUGAACUUUUGUGAUGGCCAGUAGGUGUGGGUACUGUGUGCAGCAACAGUAUCGCUCCCUGUGAGCAUCUGAGUCAGGCAGGCUGGGCUGAGUGGGGCGGAGGCUCUGUGAGAAUUGGGUAACCUUCCCCGUCUAGUCUCCUCAGAGAAGGUUCUCGUUCUGUCAGGUCCUCCGCCUGGCCACUACAGCCUUGCCUCCUCCUCACCAGUGGCACAACAUCAACUUAUCCCAAUACUUCCCUAAGCCCUCCUGAUAACCCUAUUAUUUUAAAAUAAAUUAAAUUAUUUUUUAUGAUAUUGCGCCACGGUAUAAUUGUACGCACAGAUAAUUAUGUGGUAUUCCCUUUAUCGAGAGUUUAUAAGUUUAUUAUUUUCAAAGCUCUUCUACUAAAACUCCUCUUGUUGCUGUUAAUAUUAUAUGAAUUCUAUUGUGAUACUAAAAGCUCAAAAUGCUUACCACUUCCUACACCAAGGAGUACUGACUGCUUCACAGUGCUCCAUGGUGAAGCUCUUGAUGCUGCAGCCACUUGCAUCUUCUCUCAUUUAGUUGUUACAUUGAAGAUGAAAAUUUUAAUAAUUGAGUUUAUUGUUAACAUCUUUUUAAGUAUUACUGGGAUACCAUGAAUGAGAAUAUAAACAAAAUUGUUCAAAAUGUAGACUACUUAGAGUGUGUGUAUCCUUGUGAACCUCCCCCAGAGAACCCUUCCCCACCAGCCCUCCCUUCCUUAGCCCUCUUGGUCCAGCUCCAAUAACCCAAAAGCUUUCACAGUGGGCUUCCCCUUCACCAGCCCACUUGAUUACCUUAUGUACCCAAAUUCCUCACCUAACUUAGUAACUACCCUAUCCUUCAGAGUUAGGGACAUUGUCAGUUGAUUGUGUGCAAAAUUGAAAACAUCUUAAUUUAGAAAUAUUGUUUCAGAAAAAAAUAUUCUCUCAUGCUUUUGGUGUCCAUAUUUUUUUGCUAAUUUUAUAAAUAUAUAAUAUAUAAUAAUAUUAAUAAUAAUAAUAAUAUUAAUAAUAAUAAUGAUAAUAAUAUAUAUAUAUAUUAUGUUGGUGGUAUGUGAGCCUAUAUUUAUGUCUGAGGGCACAGAAUGAGCUCAACCCUUUGCCCUGUCAUUUUGUUGUAGGCAUUGUAAGUUGAUGAGUUUAUUACCUAUUUAUUUUACUUGUCAACACCAGAAAUCUGCUUUUGUGAAUCUUGCUUCUUGAAAUAUCAUUCAGUGGAAUUUAUUUUGUACUUUUUUAAUUUAUUAAUAAGUGCAACUAAGUAGACUGGUGACAAUUAUUUGUGUAGUCAUGAAUGUUUUAAGACCCACCAAAUUGUGCUACAAUAGCUGAGUUAUUGAUCAGUGCUGCAACCAAAUAAGUUUUCCCAAGCUUUACCAAUUUCACUACUGAGUAGUUUUAACUUGUGUUUUAACAGCUGGCACCUCUCACUUCUAACCCUUCCCUUUUUAAUAGUAUUUUAUAUUAAGUUCCGAUUAAUUCUUUUAAGGACAUCAUUUUUCUCAGAAAAGGAAACAAAUGAUGUUGAAUCUCAUUAUUUCAAUGUUCUGUUGGCUGGCAAGAAGGUGAGAGGUGCUGGCACCAUGGAGGGUGUUAGCUAACACACCCUCCUCUUGUGAUUCAUAGCUUAAGUUCCCACAGUAUUGGCACCAUUCAGUCUUUACUCCAAUGGGUCCCUGUGCUGUGGCAGAGCUCACGCUAUCAUUCACAAUUUGCACGCUGUAUUGGCCAGCAUUGCAUUGUUGGACAGCAGUAAAGAUUGCUGCCUUUGCUGUGCUGAAUGUUGGUUUUUGACAGACUAUGGGAUAAUGUACAUCUCUGAAUGGUGGUUUAUUUAUAUAUAUUUUUUUUUAGAUAUGAGAAUGUAUGAACAACUUUAUUGAAGAAGAGUUUAUUUGAAAAGUGCCAAUAUUGUACCUAGGCUGAGAGCAUAGGUGUAGUGGUGAAUUAACACCAAACCGUGUGAGCAUGGCUGGAGGAAAUGGACGGCACCGGGUGGUGGUGUUGUCGCAGGGUUGGUGCCGUGAGUCACUAUGGUCAGUCUAGUUGGUGGCGAGGGGGAGGGUGCCGGGGGUCCUUGCUCCCUGGACCCCGUGGCACUGCCCUGACUAAUUGCCAUCUAACAUCAUGAUAGCUGUGGUAGUGUUGGGCUGUGGUUAUGCCAACAGACUGGUCCCUGUGAUCAGGCUGCUUUGUAACCACCCCAGCACUACUAUUCCAGCUCCUUAGUUAGGUGGCUACCGCUGUGGUCCCUCUACUUUGCCUGUACAAAUCCCUUGUUUAGUCUGCCCCAGGGCAUAACACCAGCUUGUGUUUUAUGUUAGAGGCUUGUGUAGUGCGCCUAGAACAUCAGAUUGGUUUAGCUGUGCUUCAGACCCAAUAGUCUCCAGGGAGCAUUCUCCAUAUUUCAUUCCUCUCUGUCUCUUAUUCUGUAUUUCCCUCUUUGCCUCUCCUUUCCUCCUUCAUCUAAAACCUGAAGCUUCAAACCCCACAACCUCUUCUUCCUUGGUGGCAGGUCGUAUACAGGAUCUUCUCAUGGUCAUACCUCCUGUUACCAUUUCAGUAGAGACCAAGCCCAAACUGGUAGCCAACUCAGAUGGAAGGAAAAUUCUCAACUGGAAUUUAUCUUUCGGUCUGAUCCCUUCUAUCGUCACAAUCCUCCCCAUGUAGUUAUAACCUAUUAAAAAAAGUGUUACAGAAAAUUAGAAUACCUGAUUUUAUGUAAUUGAAUGUGUUCAGUUAAUGUAUACCAGCUCUGUGUAUUGCUUUGUAUUAUGGCUAAAGUGUAGGCAUACCUUAACAGUGAAGCAUCAAGAUCAGCUGCAGGAGUGGUAUGGGUGCGGGGUCAGUCGUCCUGUCCUCACCUAAAUGCUGGCCAAUGGCCUCAAAAGUAUGACAGGCCAGUUUGGGCGACUGCCCCCUCAUGGGCCAGGUGCCUGGGUAGUGGUGCAGGGGCCUAGCUACACCCCGGGGUCUGCCCGUGGGCUGCCAACUUGUCUCGUCUCCCAGCGUUGGUUGCCCACUCACCCCCAGCAGCCCCCGUAGGUCAGGCUGCCCCUGAACCCCGACCCACGCCCACCCUAGCACACUCACAUCACUAAAACAAGUGGAAGCGGUUACUCGGAUCCUGGGUUAACAUUACUAUCCUAGCACGUCAAAUAUAUAUUUCAGAAGUAUAUUUCAGAUGAAUUUAUUCAAAUGCUGCGUAAUGGUCACUGUAAAUUGUGUAAUUGUGAAUAAAUUUACAAUGUGUUAUUUACAAUAAG